CAGUAGGUUUGUCGCUGAACACCGAGAGGACGAAGCGUGGAACCGUACUGUAGAGUGCAAUGUUCUGUGUUCGUGGCAGUAAUCUUUGCCAUUAUGGAUCUGAACACGUCAGUAAUGUGUCGAGUUUUUAGAUUUUAGUAUGUUCGAUGAUUUAAUAUUAGCGGUUAAACUGUGAUACCUAAUAUAAUGUAAUACGAUCUAUAGUGCUUAAUAUACAGAGUUUCCAUGAAUUAGGGAAUAAUCUGUCUGUAGCUUCAAGGAGUAACAAUGGCUAGUCCGAGAACUCGUCGAGUCCUACAAGAUUUAAAACCAACUGACGAUAACAGUAGAUGCUUUGAAUGCAAUGCACACAAUCCACAGUGGGCUUCUGUCACAUAUGGCAUCUGGAUUUGCCUUGAAUGUUCUGGGAAGCAUCGUGGUCUUGGUGUACACUUAUCUUUUGUUAGAUCCAUUAGUAUGGAUAAGUGGAAGGAUAUUGAACUUGAAAAAAUGAAGGUUGGGGGCAAUCGGAAAGCUAGGGAGUUUUUUGAAUCACAACAAGACUGGGAUGAUACCAUGACUUUACAACAGCGCUACAACACGAAAGCGGCUGCAUUAUAUCGUGAUAAGAUUGCAACUCUAGCACAAGGACUUGAAUGGGAUGAGGCAACUUCAUUAGCACAGAAUUACAUUAGUGGCUCGGUGAAUAGGUAUAACAGUAGUUCACGCAUUGAAGGAGUCAGCUAUGGUAAUGAUGAUGAAUUAUAUCAUAGCAAUUCAGAUUCUGGUAGCUAUCAGUCAGGUGGGAGAUAUCAGAGUCUGGAUGCACAGCAGAACUUCAGAGAUGAAAAGGAAGCAUUCUUCACACGCAAACAAAAUGAGAAUGCAUUGAAACCUGAUGAUAUUCCCCCAAACCAAGGUGGACGUUAUUCUGGGUUUGGCUACACAAUGGAUCCACCAGCACGUAGCAGCUCCCAGGAGUUCUUUGACAGUGCAGUGUCGUCUCUUGCAAGUGGGUGGUCUGUGUUUUCGGUGUCUGCAACCAAAAUAGCAAGUAAAGCAACUGAAGGAGCCAUUAAAAUAGGAGGGAUAGCAUCUCAGAAGGUAGCUGAUAUAAGUGUUUCUGUUGGGGAAAAGGUGAAGGAAGGAAAGCUGCUAGAAGAUGUCAGUACACAAGUCUCAAAUCUUGCAACUAAGGUAGGAGAUUUAGGAAGAAGAGGUUGGAAAGAUUUAUCAGGAACCAAUACUGCUCCCCCUCCAACAAGGGGAGAGACUGCUGAUGGUAUUUCCACCGAAAAAUCUUCAUUACUUUUAGAAGGGGGAAAUGCACAAAGAAAUGAAACAAAGAAUGGCACUGGCACUCCGUUGCUAACUGAUAACAAAGGAGGCUCAAGGGAUGCAGAUGAAUGGCUGAAUUGGAAUUCUGAAGAGAAACAGCAACAUAACAAGACAGCAAGCAGUUCGAAGUCUUCUAAUGAAUGGGAAAGUUGGUCUUCAAAUUCUACCGUGCGCCCUGCUGGCAAUGGAUCAUCUGCAAGGAAAGGGAAGAAGAAGACUGGGAGUACAAAGGAAGGUUUGUUAAUUGAUUUGGCAGAGGAUAAAGGGAAUGAAUGGAACUCAAGUUGGGAUGAUGAUGCGUGGGAGAUGUUAAAUAAGAAAGAAUAGUGAAUAUUAUAUGAAAUAAAUGAUGUAAUGGCUUCAUUUGAAAUGUGUAAACUUCCAAUGUCCUUCUACUGUACUAGAAAUGGGAAUGUGUACCAUUAUGUCAAUGCCAGGCUGAUACAAAUUAGAACAGUAAUUCAGCAUGAUGCAAUUAAAGUGUUGAGGGGUAGGUGUAAUUGAUAAUUUAUGAAACCAUUGCUUUUUGCCUACCUACAUUAGCAGAUUAUUGGCUUUAUGAGGUCUCAUAUCUUAUUAGGUUAUUGCACUGAACUAUGUAAAGACCAAAUGUUGUAAAGUAAUAUAAAUGGAAGUGUGUACAAACGCACAUAACAGGAGCAACAUGUUCUUAGUAUUUCAUCGGUGGCAUGGCAUUGGCCAUGAUGGUUGUGCGUGACCAGGAGUAAUACCUCCUUCAACUUUAAUAAAUUCAUCAUGUAUAAUGUUACCUUGAACAUUUCAAUAAACCGACAACAUGACAAUACAUGUAUUAUGUAGCAGGAAGGAACAUAUGGUAAUUGUAAAUUAUGGUCCUAAAUUUUCUUUUAAUUCACUUAGUGGGGGGUGGAGUCCAGAUGGGUCCA